UUGCUGCGAAGUUGUCCCGACGUCUCCAAGAUAUUCAUAAUGAUGCGGUCGAAAAAAAACAAGAGCGCCUCGACUCGGCUGGACGAGAUUUUUAAAAGUCCCCUAUUCAGUCGAGUGAAAAAGGAGAUGCCCAACUUUCGUGAAAAAAUCGUGCCGGUGGUCGGCGAAUUGUACGAAGCAGACUUGGGAUUCACGAAAGGUGACACGGAUUUACUAACACACGAGAUAUCAAUAAUAUUCCAUUUGGGAGCGAGUAUACGCUUCAAUAACGACAUCAAAUCAGCUACAACAUUGAAUGUAGUCGCCACUCGUGCUAUGUUGAACUUGGCAAAACGUAUGCCGAAUUUGAAGUCAUUUAUUUACGUAUCGACAGCAUAUGCAAAUUGUCAAGUCAAACAUGUCGAAGAGAGAGUUUACAAAUAUCUCAUUAAUCCCGAAGAACUUAUCACACUUGUACAAACAUCGUCCGAAAAUAUGAUUAAUGAGACACUCUCAGGAAUUAUCUCACAGUGGCCCAAUUCUUACACGUUUACAAAAGCGAUGGCGGAAAUGGUUGUUAAAGUUAAUGGUGAGAGGUUACCGAUCGGAAUAUUUAGACCAUCUAUAGUUACAAAUGUCGCUCACGAACCGCUCGUAGGAUGGGGAGACAAUUAUUACACUAUGAUGGGAUUUAUAGCACCUAUUUCCAAAGGACUGCUAAGAUUUGUCAUGUGCAAUUCCGACUGUAACGCAAGUGUAGUACCUGUCGACAUUACCAUAAAUGCUUUAAUUGCCAGCGCGUGGGAUGUAUUCAAUCAGCCACAGAGGAGAGGCGACAAAAUGUUAAUUUAUAAUAAUGUAUCGACAAACGACGCGCCUUUGACAUAUGGGGAUUUUUUCUUUUACUCGCAAAUAAGCUGCCAAAAAUACCCGAUAAAAAGUUGCUAUUGGAUGCCGACUCUCACAACGAUCCGAAACAAAGUUAUAUUUGCAAUAUGCAUUUGGUUCGGCCACUUAUUGCCUGCUUUAAUUAUCGAUACCUUUGGAAGAUGCAUAGGUAUUCGACAAAGAAUGUGGAAAUCGUACAAACAAAUUCACGAUUUUUGCAAGGCCGUCGAAUACUUUACGGUCAGAGAAUGGACCUUUACCGACAAUAACAUUCAUGCAAUAUGGCAAAGCAUGAGCGAAAGUGAUCAGCUUCUAUUUAAUUUUAAUAUGAAAGGUUUCAAUUGGCCGCAAUAUUGGGACAAUACCGUCAAAGGUGUGCACCAUUACCUGCUCAAGGAGGAUCUCAGUACUUUGGAGGCCAGUCGUAUUAAAUCGAAGAGAUUGUAUUGGAUACACUAUGCGACAAAGUUCGCAUUUAUAUUGAUCGUCGUUGUGUUUACCUGUAACCUGUUAGCAAAUAUAUUCUUGUAGCAUACCCAGCAGCAGAACUUAAAACGAACAUUCCUCGAACGUUUACGUGCUGUUUGGAUUGUAUGCCUUACGCAUAUAAUUUUAUAAUUAUAAAAUUAUAACCAAUACAAAAUACUGCAGUCGUGCGUUACAUGUUCUCUAUGCAAUGUUGACCAGUAUUUACUCAAAAAUACUAUAAUUUCGAAAAAACAGUGUAAUAGCGAUAACUUAAGCGGAAACUCUCCUAAAUGUGAUAAAAAAUAUCGUAUCUGCUUAAUGAAUACCUACGGGCGUGCUAUAAUAUAGACUGGUGUAAAAAAUAUGUAUGAAAGGGUCAAGUGAAAAAACGACAAAUGUGAUUUCAUUGGAAUUAUUCGAUCUUAGAGUAAUGUUGGUCAACGAUAUUUACAAUGUAUAAAAUCAGAGAAGACAUAUUUCAUGAAAAUCGAGCAUAUUUAUUAAAGAAGAAAUAUUACAA